AUGAGCGGCGAACAGGGCGCAACUUUUGACCCCAAAGAGCACCAGCAUCUGCGUUACAACCCCCUGCGGGACAGCUGGGUCCUUGUGUCGGCCCACCGCAUGAAGAGACCAUGGGCUGGCCAAGUGGAAAAACCUCCCGAAGAACACAUCCCCAGACAUGACCCUCACAACCCACUCUGUCCCGGGAACACACGCGCAAAUGGAGAGAUAAAUUCGAACUAUGACCGUACCUUUGUGUUUGAAAAUGACUUUCCCGCUCUCCAGCCAGAUGCUCCAGAUCCUGGUGAGUCCACAGUUCGAAUCAGCAUCCCUUAUUUCAAUCCAAAGCUGCAAGGGGUGUCUGAGCACCAGCAUCUGCGUUACAACCCCCUGCGGGACAGCUGGGUCCUUGUGUCGGCGCACCGCAUGAAAAGACCAUGGGCUGGACAAGUGGAAAAACCUCCCGAAGAACACAUCCCCAGACAUGACCCCCACAACCCACUCUGUCCCGGGAACACACGCGCAAAUGGAGAGAUAAAUUCGAACUAUGACCGUACCUUUGUGUUUGAAAAUGACUUUCCCGCUCUUCAGCCAGAUGCUCCAGAUCCUGACAAUGUCUUUGUUGUCUUCAGGUUCGAAUCAGCAUCCCUUAUUUCAAUCCAAAGCUGCAAGGGUAAGGUCAUGUGUUUCCAUCCCUGGUCAGACGUCACCCUCCCUCUUAUGAAAGAUCAAGAGGUGGUCGCUGUCAUUGACAAGUGGUCGGAGCUCGUGGAGGAGCUUGGUGCCACGUACCCGUGGGUUCAGAUCUUUGAGAAUAAAGGGGCAAUGAUGGGCUGUUCAAAUCCACAUCCACACUGCCAGGUGUGGGCCAGCAACUUCCUGCCCAAUGAGCCGGCCGUGUCCGACCGCUGCCAGAGGGCCUACUACCAGGAGCACGGAGAGCCCAUGCUGCUGCAGUACGCCAAGCAAGAGGCUGAGAAAAAGGAGCGUGUUGUGGUGGAGAGUUCUGAUUGGCUGGCAGUGGUGCCAUAUUGGGCAACAUGGCCCUACCAGACUUUGCUGUUACCACGACGACAUGUCCUCAGAAUCAAUGACCUGUCAGCAGAGGAGAGGGAAGGUCUUGCUGCCAUCAUGAAACGUCUGUUGACAAAGUACGACAAUCUGUUUGAAAUCUCAUUCCCCUACUCAAUGGGCUGGCACGGUAAGACAAAAAAAAAGAGAAAGAGAGAGAAAAUGUGCAUUGAGAGAAUGUUUUGCGUUCAGUGA